AUGUCGGCUCCGUCCGGCUCCGUCAAGCAUGAGCGCCACUCGGCGCCUCUCGGCGAACGCGCCUUUCUCGCGGACAUAGCCCACGACCUCCACCCGCCUCCUGACCCACACCCCUUCCUCGCCGAACCCAUGCCGCCUCCCCACGCAAUGGCAGAGUAUAUCCGCGACCUACGCCUGCGGCUGGUUGAUACAGAGGAGGAGAUCGAGUACCUCCAGGGACGCGUGCGUCGGGUCGAAGUGGAUAAUCAUUACCUUUGCCAGCAGGUUAGCGCGCUCACGGAGCAGCGGGAGGCGCUGCGCGAUCGCCUCGAGGGGCGGAACGGGAAGGGGAAGGGCAAAGAGAGGGAGGGAGAGAGCGGGUGGAAGGAGGGAAAGGUUUACAAGGAGGCACAUUACGCUUAG